AAACGACAACCUUAGCUUAGUGAGUAGUAGUAAUAUUUAUUGGUGUUUUUUUUUUUUUUUUUAAUUGGUUCCAUAUUAUUUCUUUUUAAGAAAAUUGUUUGUGUAAAUGAAUUUGAAUAUUAAAUUACUGCUCUAUCAAAUGUGUUAAUAUGUUUUGUAUUUUGAUGUACAUUGGUGGUGAGGUGGUAAGGUUUGCGUAUGCUCUAUCGUACGAAGAUUCAUUAGUGAGAUUAUACUGGAUAUGUUGUUGUUGUUUGUAUUGUGUGAAAGGGUAGUUGAUUUUUAUUUAUUUAUGAGGUACAUGAAUUUACUAGAUGAUAAUUUAAUUUUAAUGGUUAUGGAUAUAGGUAGAUGUAAGAUCAGCUAGCAAACUGAUGAGUUGGUAUAUUGCAGUGUGUGUUCAAGUUUUUUAUGGAAAAUUUGAGUUAAAUUGGAGAAGGAGGUCUCUACCCUAAUCCACGUCCUCCACAACUUCCCAUCAAGGGUCAUGUUUGUUAAACUGUUAUCUGUAGUGAGCCGAGGGUCUAUCUGAAGGAACCUCUCUACUUAAUGUGAGGUAGUGGUAUGGACCACGUACACAUUGCCCUCCCCAGACCCCACUAUGUGGGAAUAUACUAGGUAUGUUGUUGUUGUUGAGGGGGUGAAGGGUAGGUUGAUGGGGUUGGGGUGUUGCGUAAACGAGGGUUGCUUUUGCCAAUGUAGUUGGUUGGUUUGGUUGGCUUCACUUUUAAAAGAUCAGUUGGCAAACCGAUGACAGCAUUCAUAGGUAAGCCAUGAAGCAUAACAAUGUUAUUCCGAACGGUCACUUUAAAAAGCAUUGGCAAAACUACGUAAGGACUUGGUUUAACCAACCUGCUCGAAAAACAAGGAGACACAUUGCUAGGCAGACGAAAGCUGCAGCGAUCUUCCCAAGGCCAACAGCGGGAUCACUCCGACCUAUUGUUCAUGGACAAACAGUAAAAUAUAACAUGAAAGUCAGAGCUGGCAGAGGAUUCUCUCUAGAAGAGCUGAAAGCAGCUGGUAUCUUCAAAAAACUUGCUCGAACUAUAGGCAUUGCAGUGGAUCACAGGCGAAGGAACAGAUCCCUCGAAGGUCUUCAGAUCAAUGCCCAGAGGAUCAAGACAUACAAAGCUAAGAUAGUGAUCUUCCCAAGGGUUGCUAAGGAAGUCAAGGCUGGUGAUUCUAGUGCCGAGGAACUUGCCAGUGCCACUCAAGUCCAGGGUCCUUACAUGCCUGUUGUUAGAGAGCAGCCAGGUAUCGAGCUUCUGAAGGUCACAGAUGAAAUGAAGUCAUUCGAUGCUUAUAACAAGCUGCGUAUUGAGCGUACCAAUGCUCGUCAUAUUGGUGUGAGGUUGAAGAGAGUGGCCGAAGCAGAGAAGGAAGAGAAGAAAUAAGACAUUAGGAACGUCUUAGAGCCUUGCGCGCUAGCAUUGCUAUUUUUUGGAUGAGUCUGAAUGAUGAAUUACUUUUAGUACUACUAUUUCUAGAGUUUAUUAUUCUUGAAGCAUAUAAGGUUUUGGUUAUUUUCUUGCUCUUAGAUGUGUUUGAUUUGAUCUCUGAACUGAUGAUUAUCCAAAUAGAGUUAUGUUAUAUACGUUACAUAGUCGUUUUAGUUGAUUUCUGAACAGAAUCUUCAUAUUGGCUGUGUAUGCAGUUGAACUGCAUUUGUUGUGAAUAUUGACAAUUUUUUUAUGUGAAGUUGUGAAUAUUGAUUUUUG